GGAGCGGGGUGCUGCAAGUCCUCCCUAUUCCUUCAGUCGUGGGGAUGAAGGGCUCCUGCUGUUGGUUUUUCUCCCCCUCUCCUCUUAUCGGUGGUCUUUAACGCGAUCACAGUAUGCACCACAAUGCUUUAAAACAGCAAAGCUUCUGGAAAACCCAAACAAAAGGAACGUCACCAGGUGACGUCAGCCUAUAUACAGCCCUGUGUGGUCGCAGCGCAUAAGCAAAUCCAUUCUUGUACCGCUUCCCUGAAAAGCUUUUCAGUAAAUGCACUCAUGCUACUACAGGAGCUUCUCUCAGCAAUAAGCCACCCAUCUGCCAUCAACAAGUUAGGACUAAAGGAAGCCACAGCUGCGGAAAAAGAAAACGUGAGCUUCACUUAAACAGCUGAGCAGCCACAGAGGACGGGAACUUGUAUUAAGCCUCGAAUUAAACAUCGCGGACCUGUCAGAGGAGAUCAAGCCAGUGAUUUCAAAAGGAAUAUUCCAAGAGAGCCUCGUGGAUUCAAUUUUGCACUAAUAUCAAAGGACACUGAACCCGGUAAAUUAUUCAAAGGCUGUCUUACAUUAGAGCCUUUGACAGACUCACCACGUUGAGUCUAAAACUACGACUGAAUGCAACCUCCAAUGUACUCAAAAGAAUGGGCUUACAUUUCAAGUGGCCAUUAGGGGCUCGUAUGCUGGCAGCACUAUAUGCAAUGAGUAUGGUUUUAAAAAUGCUGCCUGCCUUGGGCAUGGCUUGUCCACCAAAAUGUCGCUGUGAGAAGCUGCUCUUUUACUGUGACUCUCAGGGGUAUCACUCAGUGCCAAACACCACUGAAAAGGGCUCGCUAGGUUUGUCACUGAGGCACAAUUAUAUUUCUGAACUUGAAAGGGAUCAAUUUGCAAGCUUCAGUCAACUUACUUGGCUUCACUUAGAUCAUAAUCAAAUUGCAACAGUCAGAGAAGAUUCUUUUCAAGGACUGUAUAAACUUAAGGAAUUAGUCUUAAGUUCCAACAAAAUCUUUCAUUUGCCAAACACAACUUUUAGCCAGCUGCUUAACCUGCAGAAUUUGGACCUCUCUUUUAAUCAGUUAUCCUCUCUGCACCCCGAGCUCUUCUACGGCCUUCGCAAGCUACAGACCUUGCACUUGCGAUCCAACUCCCUGCGGACCAUCCCGGUCCGCCUGUUCUGGGACUGUCGUAGCCUGGAGUUCCUGGAUUUGAGCACAAACCGCUUGCGAAGUUUGGCUCGCAAUGGAUUUGCAGGAUUAAUCAAGCUGAGGGAGCUUCACCUCGAGCACAACCAGCUGACAAAGAUUAAUUUUGCUCACUUCCUCCGGCUGAGCAGCCUGCACACGCUCUUCUUGCAGUGGAACAAAAUCAGCAACUUGACAUGUGGGAUGGAGUGGACCUGGGGCACCUUAGAAAAGCUCGAUUUGACUGGAAACGAAAUCAAAGCCAUCGACCUCACCGUCUUUGAAACUAUGCCUAACCUGAAAACCCUCCUAAUGGAUAACAACAAGCUCACCACCCUGGAUUCCAAGAUCCUGAGCUCCCUGACGUCCCUCACCACCGUGGGCCUCUCCGGCAAUCUGUGGGAAUGCAGCCCCAAGAUCUGCGCCUUGGCCACAUGGCUGAGUGGCUUCCAAGGUCGGUGGGAGCACUCCAUCCUCUGCCACAGCCCCGACCACACCCAGGGAGAGGAUAUUCUGGAUGCAGUCUAUGGUUUUCAGCUUUGCUGGAAUUUAUCAACUGUUGUUACGACCGUGGCUACGACGUACGCAGCUCCAACUACCGAGUACCCCAAAAGAAUAAGCUCUUCUCAUUUCCAUAUGGGAGACAAAGAGAUUCCAACUACGGCAGGCAUGGUCGUUACCACCGAAGAACAUUUCCCUGAGCCAAACAAUGCCAUCUUCACUCAGAGGGUAAUUACAGGAACAAUGGCUUUAUUGUUUUCUUUCUUUUUUAUCAUUUUUAUAGUGUUCAUCUCCAGGAAGUGCUGCCCUCCCACAUUAAGAAGAAUUAGGCAGUGCUCAAUGAUUCAAAACCACAGGCAGCUCCGCUCCCAAACGCGGCUGCAUAUGGCAAAUAUGUCAGACCAAGGACCCUAUAACGAAUACGAACCCACCCACGAAGGACCCUUCAUCAUCAUUAACGGCUACGGACAGUGCAAGUGUCAGCAGCUGCCGUACAAAGAAUGUGAAGUAUAAUACCCACAUGCCAUCCCAAAUGAAACCAGAUAAGUAACCUAUUUUAAAAUUGUAGGGGACCUACACCAGAGUCUAAUUUUUACAGAUGUUGACAUAAAGCCUAAUUUUCCAAGCUACUUAAUGGAAACAUUGUUUAUGGAGUGGUGCAGUAUUUUUCAGUUGGUUUGGUUUUCUUUUUUAAACAAUAAACCCAUACUCUUUUCAGUGUUAAAGAAGCAAUGGAUUACAUUAAACUUGCACUCCUAAUGUUGAAAAGUCUCAAAAGAUGCUCACCUCAAACUCUGUAAAUGUAAAUGUUUCAUGUUUAUGUAAUUCUAUGACUGUGUGUAAACAUUUAGACCUGAGUCUCCAUAUUCGACUUUUGCUACUGAAAACAGUGCGAGGGGAAGGAUGCUGGCAAGGGCACAGAGGUCUGCGGGGGGACAUACGCUCCGUUUGUUCCACUGCAGCUGGAGGAUCCCAACCGCUCCAGCUGGCUCCGGUCACUUUAAAGGCAGCCCUGGAGGAGGAUUUGCCUCCUCCGAUAAUCUCACUCCAGUUAAAAAUACCAACAAAAAGAAGGGAGGGGAAACAAAAAACAAAAAAGAGCAGCAAAGGUCCAGGUGGGAAUUUCAGUGCAUUGGGGACCGGGGGAAUUAUUUUAAAUACAGUUUUCCUACCUGCACAUUCGGUUUGGCUUAACCGGACCUUGCUAAAGCUCACAGGAGCUACAGAAAGGAGCAGUUCACACGGUUGCAAAUGAGCAGGGUGAUCACAAAUUAGGAGGACGAUCACAAAUGAACAGGAAGGACUCUCCAGGCACUUACGAAGUGGCAGCGUAGCUUGUUUAGGAAGGCUCAGUACAACAGGAUCGAUCCAAAAUAUUAAGUGCAUUCAAUUCUUAUCGGCUCUCUGGUUUGCCUCGCUGCUGCUUUUCAUGAAUUCAGGCUAAUUACAUACGCCUAUGAACAAACAGCAUUUCAUGUGUAAAUACCCUUAAUGCAAGUUUUUCUUAAUUAAAAGUAAAUAUCAAGUGGGAGGGUGAGGAGAAGAGGGAAGGGAGGAAGAAGCCUCUCUUUGUCCCCCCGCUGGCCCUCCCCCCAAGCUGAGGCUUCCUCUCGCCUGAAAGCUAUUUUCAUGCACUAACUCCACUGGUUUCUCUGGAGACAGAAUUAGCCCCUGUAAUAUAAGCUCUCACUUGUCCUCCUCUUCCAAAAUUCAAGGUAACGACCAGUUUAAAACCCCCAAACCUCGACCUUCUGGUAAAUUAGGAUAAUAUCAUUAGUUUAUAGAAUAGUUCACUGAAAAAUGUUUCACUUCUUACUUGAUACAGGACAGAAUUUAAACUAGGACAUGUUUAAAAAAAAUCAUAUAGAAAUAUAUACACACACACAUGCACCUCAUUCUUCGGGAGCAAUUUGAUUUCUUGAGGCAGAAGUACCAUAUUGCUAUUUAUACUCUAUUCUGAAAUUCUAUGUAAAUAGUUGCAGAUCUAUGCAGUGGUGCUGGUACUCGGGUGCCAUGGGGGGAGAAAGGGGGGAGCUGCAAAGGAUUCCAGUAUUUUUAAGUCAACUGCUCCAAUCUUGGAAACAUUUUAACCAAAGCUAAAAGGACCAGAGGGAUGGAAGGGGCUUAUAUAUAUAUACAUGUAUGUAUAACUCAAAAAAACCAAUGUGUUGUGUCCAAUGCUGCAGUGUCAAACAAUUCCCAGCACACACGGAUGAAGAAAUUCCUCACGGUGUUGCCGUACCCUGACCAAAUCAGUAAUUGCAGUAUGCUAAUUGUGUUGUACUCAACUACUCUGCAAACUUUCUGAAUGGAAAAGAAAGCACUGCAUAAAAAUCUGUUCGCUAUUUCACUCUGCUUUUCUAUAUCUGUAUUACCACUUAGUGAGGUAUUUAGGGUGCAAUUAUACAACAGUUUGAUGUUUUAUUGUGAAAUGAAGUCGUCCGAGGCAAUUCGAGCAAGAUAAGUGACUUCUGUUCAGAUUUUACAUAAAGCUUUCUCUUCGAUGACUGGGUUUGAAGAUAUUAAUUUGCAUUAUUUUGCUUUCACAUCCAAUGCCCUUAUUAUAAAGCCAAUUUUGUUUA